GCAUGCUGGGGUGUAUUGGGAUGUACUGGGGUGUAUCAGGGCAUGCUGGGCAUAGCUGAAGUACACGGGGGGUGCCAUGGGUAGCACCGGGAUGCCGUGUUAGAGAUGCCCCCACUAUGGGAUGGGACACGGAGGAUCUCCCCGCUCCCCUCAUACCCCGGUGUUGCUGACAGGAGCCUGGGAAAGCAGAAACCUCUGGGGUCAUGUGUGAGGGGGAUCUUGUCUCUGGUCCCUCUCAAGCUGAGAGGGACCUUGGGCUAUAUCCAUCCCAGUAACAGCAUGGUCCUGGGGCCAUUCUGGCGUUCCCCUGCCUCAGGCUGCAGGAGAAGCAGGAGCUUCAAGGGUUGUCACGUCUCCCUGCAGAAAAUGACCCCCCGGGAGCGGGCGGCCACCUCCAAGUCACGCGGGGAGAGAUCCCGGCCACCCACUGUCACCGCUGCCCGAGCCGACAUUGUCCCCGGGCGCCUGCCUGAGGAGGAAUGGCUCUCCCUGCUCAGGGCUGAGCAAAGUGACAAGGACGUCGGGGACAUCCUCGCAGAGCUCUUGGGCCGUGUGAUGGAUGAGUGCUCCAAAGCCUAUGCGGCUCAGCAGUGCGUGCCCUUCACCGUGGGCCAGGCGCGGGACGCCCUCCUGCAGAUCGCCCAGUGGCGCUUCCUGGCACGGGACGAGGGGGAGUCAGACACCGAGGGAGACGGCUCCUGGCAGGAGGACGAGGAACCCGAGCCCUGCACUGCAGACUCCUGGGCGCAGGGCUCCGUUCCUGUCCUGUGUACCCGUCUGUCCCCAUGCCCGGGAGAGGUCUCCGGUGCGCAGCCCCCACGCCAGCAUGGAAGGCAGGACCCUCCAGCGACUGCCGAGCCUGGAGCUCCCCCCACGCAGCCCCUGUGUCCUGGCCAGGUCACCACCACCAGCACCGUCCUGCCUGUGCCAGGGCCAUCCCGCCCGGAGCUGCUGCGGGACAAGGCGGUCAUCGCUACCCAGCCCCCUGAGGGAAAACAUCCCCAGGCCUGGCCCCCGCUACGUCGCAUGGAAACAAUUCAGCCAGGGAGGCCCCGGCGCAGUGUGGGGGUGAAGCAAGAGGGGACUGGCACCAUCCUGGGGGUCCCCAGGCUGGGCCCCGGCCGCCGGCCUGAGUGCUGGAUCAGGCCCCAGGUGGAGGUGCUGGACCCAGGUGCAGAGGCCAAGCCACCGGCGUGUUCCCGGGGUGCCCGCUGGCACAGCCGGGGACAGGAGCCGGGCAACUCACCGCUGUCCCAGGGGCUGGCUGCUGCAGGGGGGCGACGGCUCCAGCCAUGUCCCCCAGGGUCCCCGCAGCCCCGCAGCUCCCUGCCCCGGCAGCUCGGCUCCUUGCUGGACUCUGCUCAGCUGGCCCCCGGCGUGACCAUCAGAUGGGGCGGCAGCGUGAAGCGUGGGCUCUGCAUCCCUGUCCAUGGCGAGGAGGAGGAGGAGGAGGAGACGGGGUAUCUGAGACCCAUCUGCCCCACCGUGCCCUUCCCGGCCAUUGCAGCCAGGGAGGUCACGGGUGAUGGCGAGCAUUGAAAGCAGCACACCCGCACACAGCCCCAGCACCCCUGGGGUGCCAGCCCCCCCCCCGGUCCCUUGCCGGGCAGUCCUGCCUGGGUCCCUGCCAUGUCCCACACAUUUCCCACAACUGUCCCCACUGCUCAUGGCAGCUCCAGCACGACAGCAUAGCCGGGCUGUGUCCUCUGGGCUCCCGAUGUGCCAUGUCCCCGCUCCGCAGGGCAGCCACCACCCUGGGCAGGAGCCGCGGCACCGCGGGAGGCUGGUGGUGCCCUGUGGGCUUCCUCCCCCUUGCACUCCGGUGAGCAGACCCGCCUGUUUGGCCCCUGAUCCCAGAGCUCCUCUGUUGGGAAACUGGCUCCAGCAGCUCCGUGGCUGGGUGCCCCGCUGGGUGCUGCCCUUGCUCUGCAGCUCAGCGCAGCCUCUGGAUGCCCGAGCUCCUGGAGGAACCCCCUGACCUGGGUGGGCUCCCUGCUCAUGGCUUUCGGCAUGUUUCCACCUGACCUUGCA